AUGCUCCUUGUGCUUUUUCUCCUAGUUCCCCCAACUUUCCCAGUAAAGGUGGCAAAACUCGAAUUAUCCUACAAAUUCCUGGCCGGCAAAACCCGGCCAACAAAUUCCACUUUUUUUAUGGACCAAUAUUUCGGGCCAACUGUUCAAGGUGUCUACAAUAGUUCGUGUAAAUCAAAUCGCUGCUAUUUCCCAGUUUUUAAAAUUUAUUCGGGAAUUUUGGCAUAUACCAUACUUUCUGAUAUUCAAAGUGACUAUUGCUCAGGUUAUUCAAAAUGUAUUGGAUUCAGUGAGGAGCAAUAUCAAAACUAUACUAUAGUCUUUGGGGAUCCGAAAAUUUUAGGAGGUGAUAAUUUUGCAGAUCUUCGUGGGCUUUGA